GACAGUCGCCUGCGCCAUUUCCGCAUGCUCGGCGUUGAAAAGAAGCGAAUCGUCUCGCUGCUUUGGAUUCGGGCUGAAAAUGGUGAAGCUAUCUGCGGAGCUGAUCGAGCAGGCGGCUCAGUACACGAACCCGGUGAGGGACCGAGAACUGGACCUCAGAGGUUAUAAAAUUCCAGUUCUGGAGAAUCUGGGGGCCACUUUGGACCAGUUUGACACAGUGGACUUCUCGGACAACGAAGUUCGCAAACUGGAUGGCUUCCCGCUCCUCAGACGCCUCAAGACCUUGCUGAUGAACAACAACAGGAUCUGUCGCAUCGGAGAGAACCUGGAGCAGAGUCUUCCCCAUCUGCGAGAACUUAUCCUGACCAACAACAACAUCCAGGAGCUGGGCGACUUGGAGCCGCUGGCGUCGGUGAAGACCUUGACUCUGCUCAGCUUGCUGAGGAACCCCGUGACCAACAAGAAGCACUACAGGCUCUACGUCAUCCACAAGGUCCCGCAGAUCCGCGUGCUGGACUUCCAGAAGGUGAAGCUCAAGGAACGCCAGGAAGCCGAGAAAAUGUUCAAAGGCAAACGCGGCGCUCAGCUGGCGAAGGAUAUCGCCAAGCAGAGCAAAACGUUCACGCCCGGAUCGGCGUCGCAGCUGGAGAAGAGGAGGACGGGUCCGUCGCACGCUGACGUCGAAGCCAUCAAGAAUGCCAUCGCCAAGGCGUCGUCACUGGCCGAGGUGGAGCGCUUGAAAGGAAUGCUGCAGGCGGGACACAUCCCGGGACGAGACCGCACGCAAGAUGGCGCCGGCGUGGAGGAGGAAGAGGAGGAGGACGAAGGCCACGCCUCCCAGAUGGACGCUCAGAUGGAAGAGGUCGAGGACAUGGAACAAGAGCUUCACGUCAACGGCUCCUGAACACACCCCCCCCCCUCCCCCCAUCUUGUACAUUUUAUAUGGACGUCAAACCACAUUAAAGUUUGUUUUUGACUUUU